AUGGACGCGGAAGCCAGCGAGUCCAGGAAUCCAGAGGAGCAUGAUUACUCUUCCAGUCUACAUGGUCGCCUCCGCUUCAAGGGCUCUCACCAUCGACAAUCAGAGGGACAACGCCGCCGACAUCGCCACACAUCGAGAGAGAGAGAAAAGACUGGAGGCAGAGAAAGAAACAGGGACAAGGACAAGCACAGGGACAAGAAACGGCGAACUCGAAAACAUCGGGCCAGCCGACGGCACACCACCUCAUCACCCGACAAUGCGCCCGACCCAGUAAACGGGCGGCUCUCACCGGGAGCGGCCUUCCGCGAAUCACUCUUCGACGCUCUGGGCGACGAUGAAGGUGCCGCAUACUGGGAGUCCGUGUACGGACAGCCGAUCCACACCUACGCAGUACCACAGACGGCGGCGGGCCCAAACGGCGAGCUGGAGCAGAUGUCGGACGAGGAGUACGCGGCGCAUGUGCGGGCGCGCAUGUGGGAGCGCACGCGCGAGGGCAUGCUGGAGGCGCAGGAGCGGCUGCGUGCCGAGCGCGCGCGCCACAAGCAGCGCCAGCAAGACGGAUAUGAGCGCGAGCAAGAGCGCCGCCGGUUCGAAAGCGCUAUGGAGGAGAGUCUACGGCGGGGUGCCGCGCGCCGGCGGAGCAAGACGUGGACGGCUGCGUGGAAGACGUAUCUGGCGCGCUGGGACGAGAUCAGUGGGCGGGCUGGCGGAGACCAGCACAACACCAACUCAUCUUCUAAUCCGACACCGCUGCGCAACAUGCUCUUUUGGCCCGUCGAGUCUGGGAAGCGGAAAGAUGUUGCCUCGGACUCUGUUGAGGAGUUUAUGCGCCAUGCGCCGCCGCCAGCUGAUUUUUUGGCUACACUGAAAGCGGAGCGCAUUCGUUGGCACCCGGACAAAAUCCAGCAUCGGUAUGGGGCGCUCGGCAUCGAUGAGACCGUUAUGCGCAGCGUCACUGAGGUUUUUCAGAUCGUUGAUCGUCUAUGGGGCGAGGAGAGGGCGCGGGAUGAUGCAAAGCCUUGA